CGGAACAGUCAAAUAUCUCACUGUUCAUCCGUUCACUGAUACUUAGCUUGGCGGCCUACAUACCUUAUCCUCUGGCCAGAAGUAUUACCCCAAAGGCACCAACCAUAAUAUGAAGCAACGAAUCGUGUUGCAAAGAGAACAAUUUGUAGACUUCAAUCCUGAUGUUGUGAUGUUCGCACCUCACCGACGCGAGACUCGAGUCGAUCAUUCUGUCUGAGAUCGGUAUCGUGUUAUGGCUUGCUGGUAUCGCUGGCUCCGUCUAUACAUAUGGGUUCUGGACUGUUUUUUUUGGCUCUACCUAGUGCCUUACCUCUGGGUCAACCACUGGCUUGUCCUCAUGACGUUUCUUCAACAUACCGACCCACUUCUCCCCACUACCGUGCCUCCGAGUUUACUUUCCCCCCUGGUGCUCUGGCUACUUUGGACCGCAAUCUUCUUGGUGGCUGUGGCUCGAUUAUGGGUUGGAUCGGUGCUCAAGCUACCCACGGUAUCUCUGAGACCCACGUCCUUCAUCACGUCUCCAGCAAGAUCCCUCAUUACAACGCUUGGGAAGCCUCUAAUGCUCUUUAUAAGCGCCUUGGACAAGCAGGUAUUAAGCUGGAGGGUGCUCCGGGUGGACGGGGGGGAAGUCUACAGGGUUUUCAAGGAAUGCAAGAACUUUUUGAUGUCUUGACUGCUAGUAAGCGCGAGGACUUCAAUUGGCAGCAUGUUGUAUUAGUGCGUUGCGUGCUGUGACUGGAUGUAGAGGUGACUCGGGACGAUACGAAGCUGCGGCAAGGUCUGACAAAAGCUUUCCGUACGUGAAUAGGACAAU